CUAGGAAAUGCGAAGAAGCCGUUAUUUUCUGUGAAUGUGCUACUAAACACAGACAACAUGACAGCCAUUCCGUGUUUAAGGAGCAAAGUGCCUCUCAAGCCAAAAAAGUUGUCCGUAGUGGGUAUGAAUCAGUCACUUUUCCAGCCCCAUCCAUCUGAACUGGUCUUCCAGAACUUCACUCCUGGACAAACCUACACACUACCUCUACGUCUCUACAACAAAGACAAGGUUUCACGUAAAGUGAAGCUGGAGCGUCAGGACUCAGACUUUUUCCAUGUGGCCGGACCAGAGGAUGCUGGCAGCCGGGUCGCACCAGGACUCGCCGCUUCUUUCACUGUCUCCUUCACCCCGCAGGAGAACAAGGACUACCACCACAGACUGGUUUGUGUGACGGAGAGGGAGCGGUUUGAGGUACCAAUACUUGCCAUCGGGCCACGUGGCAUUCUUGAUCUUCGCGAUGAGCUCCAUUUACCCAUCUGUACCGUGAAAGCCUCCACAGAGAGGACUCACCUGGUCCGCAACAUAGGAAAUGCUGUGGCCAAGUUCAAUCUAGACACAAAGAGCCCUUUCUCUAUGACGCCCCCCUGUGGGACUCUUGAUGUAGGCGAGAGCAUGCAGGUGACUGUGACCUUUAACCCCAUGACCACAGGAGACCACAGCCAGGACCUGCAUCUGCACUACCACACAGGUGAAGAUGUGUACAUCCGUUUGUACGGGGCUUGUGAGGAACUGGACAUCCAUCUUGAGCGUGAAUCUGUUCUGGUAAAUCAGACUUACAUUUCCCUGGCCAACGUGUGCAAAGUAUCUCUCACCUACAGGAGUGAGAUCCCUCUAAAGUACUGUUGGACGACAUGGCCCAGCCUGCAAGAGGAGGCCUUGAGCUUCUUGAGGGAGAGCUCAUCACUCCAACAGAAGGAGGAAGAGAAGGAGGAGAGAAAACGGUGGCUUGUUCAGUGUGAGUCCGACCCCACAGCGAUCUAUCGCCUCCCACAGCUGUCGAAAGCCCUGCAAGAACGCAGAAGCCAGUUAGUGGAGGACCAACGCCUGGUCCUCUCACACAGCUGCUUAACUCUGGAACCAGCGGAGGGUGAAAUCUGGCCUAAAACGCCAGCGCAGUUCAACAUUAUCUUCAAACCCGAAGAGGCCAAGCUGUACCAACAAACCAUAUAUUGUCAUGUCACAGGUCGUGAAGCUCGGCUGCCUCUCACAAUAAAGGCACAGGGCUUGGGACCUAACCUCCAACUCACUUAUAACCGGAUGGAUAUGAAAAACGUAGACAUUGGUGGCAAAGACUGUUAUGAAGUGGAGAUGUACAACAAAGGGCUGAUUGAUGCCCCUUUCAGGAUGUCAAACCCCGACACCACAUUCGGCCGCUGUUUCUCCUUCAGUCCUGAGGAAGGUGUUGUUUCCUCUGGGGCCUGGCAGAUUGUGCAAGUCACCUUUCAGAGCUGCAUCUUGGGAACUUUCUCUGAGGACUUGCUGCUAACUGUCACAGGACAGCCUCAACCACUUACCGUGACCUUCAGGGGUUGUGUCGUUGCUCCGGCACUCGACUUCAACGUUUCUGAGAUCAAUUUUGGAGACGUAGCAUUUGGUUUCCCUCAAACAUUGGCUUUUACCCUCUACAACACCUCCUUUGUGCCUUUGAACUUUGCCCUGCGUGUCCUGGGGGACGGGACAGGGUCUCCGAGUGUUACUAGUCUCAAACAGGCGUAUGAGGUGUCAAGGAUCAAUUGGGAAUGCGGUGCUGAUAGAGGCCUUCGUGCACAGCCUGUAGAGUUCACCGUCAUGCCUGCUGCAGGCUCUAUGCGUAGCCUGUCUGAUGUCACUAUUAAGGUGACGCUGUGCUCCAACACAGUGAAGACAUACAGGCUGGCGCUGGUAGUGGAUGUGGAGGGUGUCGGGGAGGAGAUCGGGACUCUGCCUAUCUACGCCAGGUGUUGUGUUCCUGAUAUUGUGGUGGAGACUCCAGUGUUGGACUUUGAAAGGUGUUUCCUCGAUCACCCGUAUGAGCAGCGGGUGCGGCUGACUAACAGCAGCCCUCUGCUGGCCUGCUACGGCAUGCUCGACCAGGAAUAUGAGGAAAGUCCGUCAUUGCUUUUUGGCAGUGAUACACCGAGAGGACUGAUUCUUCCUCGUACUUCAGAAGAGCUUCCUGUGGUUCUGCUGGCUAAGGCGGUUGGAAGGCAGCAGCACACUCUACGCAUUGCUGUGUUUGGCAGCAGCCAGCCGUCCCUGGAGGUGGUCUUGUUCUGUGUUGGUCAGGGACCAAAAGUUCAUGUUGAGACCCCGAAGCUGGACUUUGGCCGAAUCCCUGUUCUGACUGACAUAACUCGAGUUCUGCACCUUUCAAACGAGUCACCUAUUCCAGCCCACUUCACUGCUCGCAUGUGGGAUAGAGGGUCCUUUGGGCGAGUUGAGCCCAGUGAGGGGGAAGUGCCACCAGAGAGCCAGCUUGAGCUGAGAGUUGUGGCACACCUGAAGGACACGCAGGACUUCAAGGCCACGCUGGAAAUAUCCAUCCGGGACAGUCAAACACACACUGUCCAUCUCUCGGCCACAGGCACUGGCACCACAAUUGUCAGUGACAAGACUUUUGCACCUGCCCUUGACCUAGGCGCAUACUUCAGCCAUGAGUCAUGCCAGUACCACUUUAAGCUGACCAACCAUGGCAAGCGUGUGCAACGGAUGUAUUGGCGCUCUGAUAACUUCCUGCCCUCUGCAAAAACCCAGAAGGGGGUAAACCCUUCGGACCGGACCGUCCUGCCCCCCAUCUCUGCUCCCAGGAAGAAGGACAUUCUGGGCCAUGGAUCUUCGCUCCCGUCUAGCAGGGAGAAGCCGGUGUUCAGCCUCACACCUCUUCGUGCGGAGCUUUUCCCAGGCCACUCCGUUGACAUGGUGCUGACGGGAUCUUCAGACUCUCCCAAGCUUGUACGUGAGCGCCUGGUAUGCCAUGGCAUUGUGGGUAACCAGGGCACGAAGGAGCUCAUCAUGUCUGUAGAUGUCACCUGUCGCUUUGUGGCUCCUAUGCUCAGCAUCUCCUCCAAACAGCUGAAAUUCUACAUAGAGAAGGUUCCAGGACAGAGUCUUACGCCCCUAUUUGAGAAGCUGAUCUUAGAGAAUGUGUCAUCUCUGCCUGUGUGCAUGGAGCUCUCUCUGGUAGAGCCCUUCUCCCUGUGUGAGGCCUCUGGAGCCCAUAUCAGAGCCACCACCAAGUCCAUGGUUUUAGGUAACGGGAGAAAGGCUGAGUUUUGGGUAUGCUUCGAUCCAUCUUACUGCCGGGAUCGGGUGUCACAAGUCUUGGAUGAGGUCCUUGAGCUACACUACCGGGGACACCCGCAGAGGGACAUUGUGGAACUGCAUGCUGAGGUCCAAUUCUCCAACCUUCGUUUUUCCUCCACCACAGUGGACUUUGGGUGUGUGCUUAACUGCACGGGGAGUCGUAGAGAGAUCUCGAUGACCAACUCCUCCCCGCUGCCCGUGUCCUACCAUUGGGCUUUCCUGGAGGACCAGAAACACUGUGCCAUAAGGGACACAGAGAUGGUGGAGAAAGAGAAGGAGCAGAGAAAUCCAGAAAAUCCGACUGGUGAAGGGAGGAGUUCCUCUAGGACGCGUUCUCGUGCCUCUUCAGUUCCCCUCACCCACAGGCCUGCUGCAGAUGAAGAAAGCUGCAAACAGCGCCCUGUGGGUGUGGAAGAGGUGUUCGAUAUCUUGCCGAUAUACGGUCAUCUGCCACCUGGGGAACAGCAGCAGGUCGUUUUCUCUUUUUACGGCCACGAAAAUGUCAGCAGAGAGGUGGUGGCACGCUGCCAUGUGGAGGAUGGGCCAACGUAUGAAGUGAAACUCAGGGGAGAAGCUUCAGUGAUCAGCUACAGCCUUGACUCUACACAUAUUGAUUUUGGUCUGCAGCUGUUUGAUCACGAAGUGGAGGCGGAGGUGACCCUGAGGAACACUGGCAGGAUGGGCUUCACAUUUAACAUCAUAUACCCCAAAAGGGAGGAUGAGGAGGCAGGACAGAAGAAGGCCCUGGUAGAGGAGCAAACUGAGAACAGACAGGAAGUGACACCAGGGCAACCCAUGGUCACUCCCACUGAGGGUUACGUUGAUGCCGGUGUAGAGCAAUGUCUGCGUAUGCUGUACCUCCCUGGUGUCCCCGAGGUGUUUGAGAAGCGGCUCCAGCUGCAGGUGGCCUUCCUCCCGCCGCAGGACAUCAGGCUGACCGGAGAGGGCGUGUUCCCAAGGAUCACACUGAAUCUUCCAAGAAACCUGUCAGAGGAGUGCUACCAUGAAGUGUUGCAGCAGGCCGGAGCAGCGGUGGAGGUCGACAGAGUCAAAGAGGAGCUUUUGACCGCUGGUGGAGGAGCACCGACCGAGGCCAACUGCACCCCCACAUAUGAAGAGCUGCUUCACAUGGAGAUUGAGAGAGCGCUGGUCAAACAGAAUGCUCUCGCUGUGACCGGAAGCCUGCAGGAGCGCAGAGACUCACAAGGCUCCUCCAGAAAGUGGCACAAACUUAGUCAGUUUCCUCUUCCAGAGUAUGUUUUGGAUUUUGGUUAUGUCAUUCUCGGCCAAGUCCUCAGUCACACUGUGAAUGUGACCAAUACUGGAGCAGUGGCUGUGUCCUUCCAACUCAAUGAAAAACCUCUAGCUGGCUCAGGAUUCAGCACAGAACUGAAAAGAGUGAAAAACCUGCCCUGCGGAGAGACACAGACUUUAGCAGUCAAAUUUGACCCCCAAGGAUCCAACCUGAAGACGGGACACACACAAGUUGUCAUGUCAAUACAGGUCACAAGAGGCCCAGUGGUGCAGGUGCGUCUGUCUGCAAUGGUCACUGUGCCGGCUAUCACUGUUUCCACGGAUACACUGCAGUUUGACACGAUGCAGUGUAACAUGUGUCAGAUGAAGACAAUACAGCUGUCUAAUCAUGAGUCCAUGCCCUGCUGCUGGACCAUAGCUGAGGAGGGGAUGCCUCUCAAAAAGCGUAAAAAGGUCUCUCAGGAGCAUCAACCUCCUCAAGAGGUGUUUAAGGCGAUCCCCAGUUCUGGCCUGCUGUCCCCUGGUGAACGAGUCAACGUCCAGAUAAAGUUCAGCCCUGCUGAUGGGCUUGCCUACAACAGGCAGCUAACGGUCCAUGUGGCUGAGAGCUCCAAGCAGGUGUUCAUCAGAGUUCAGGGGCAAGGUGAGGAGCCACGGCUGGAGUUCUCCCAGUCGGAGCUGGAGCUGGGGCCCUGCCUGUCUCUCAACACUGAGGUUGAAGCAGAGGUUACAGUGAGAAACCCCUGCUCCUUCCCCAUCGAGUUCUACUCCCUGGAGUUCGACACGCAGUACCUCGAGGAAGAAAAGAUCCUGCAUCUGAUGCAGGGUUAUGAUGAGAACAACAUGUUACUGCUGCCUCCCCGAGCCCCUGGAGAAAGUCUGACCUCAGAACUGCUCGACUACUACAAGGAGUACUGCUCCCAGCUGAAAGAUGACGAGCCUAAUGAAGAUGAAAAAGAAGCUGAGAUGGAUGACACACACGAGAAUACAAAUACAUUGAGACAAAACGAUGCCCAAACUGUAACUGUGAAACCAGCUGAGUUACUUGUUUCAGAGAUGACCAAAGAGGGAUGCAGUGGGAGAUUGGGGCAGUUGGAGAUGACCCCCGUCUCCAGAGCAAUCGCCCGCCACAUGUGUGUCGAUCUGUCACCUGAGGGUCUGGCUGCACGCAACCGCAGAGGCAUUGCUAUUGUUGUGUAUGGAGCCCCACUGAUAGGUCGGGGCAGCACAGUGGCUGCUCUGGCCCGUCACUACGGAGGGGCGAGCCUGAGUGUUGAUGCCGUGGUGACAGCGAUGCUCCUGAACGGCACCUCUCCUGUUAGCCUGACCGCAAGACGACUCCACGAUCAAGCUGUUGAAGAGUAUGCUGAGAAGAAGGCAGAGGAGGCUGCACAUCUUCUAGCCUCUGUCCCAGAUCCACAGUCAGCUCCAGCUUCACUUGAUACUGUGGAAAACAGCGAGGACAGCUGCAGUCAAAAUGACUCCAACGCUCCUCAGGAGACUGAAAACACCCACUUUGCCCUUUGUCUGGGGGGAGAUGUGACCACACUCUGCAAUCUCCUGCCUGAACAGCUACUGGUUGAUAUCCUUGCAGAAAGAUUUCAGCUGAGCGACUGUCACCGUGGCAUCGUAAUGGACGGUCUGGAGUCUGUAUACACUCAGUCAGCAGCCAACACGCUGCAGGCUGUUCUGAAGGCUCUCAAUAACCGCAAACACAUCUACGCAGUCAACCUGACAGACUCCUACACUGCCCUGCAGGCACGGGAGAGAGCACAGAGAGAAACUGAGGAGGCUCUGCAGAAAGAGACAUCUGACAGGAAGGAGCAGUGGCUGCAGGAGCUGGAUGAGGAGGAGUAUGAUGCUCUGCCAGAGGAAGACAAGGAGCAAAUUGUCCGGCACCACACAGAGAACCACAGACAGCAGAAAGUCAGGGAGCUGGAUCAUAUACUGAAGGAGGAGGAAGAACAGAGGCAACAGGAGGAGAUGAAAAGGUUGAGAGACGAAGAGUUAAAGAAGAAGAGCAAAAAGGGUGGAAAGAAGGAUGUUAAAGAAACGUCGAGGAAGAAGAGCCUGCUGGAAGGAAAGCAGUCAACAGAUGGGUUGAAUGGGAACACAAUGUCUCCCAGUAACAACUCAAAAGAAUCCCUGGUUGAUGCAAGAGAUCAUCUAAAUGAAGUGUAUCAAAGCAAAGAGGCGAAUGAUUUACAAAAGCAGACAGAAGAAACCAAAGCAUUAAAUACAGAGUCUCCCCAACCCGCAGACAAGAUGGACAGAGAAAAGAGUGCGGACACUGCAGAGAUGAAGAGGCUGAAAGAAGAAAAAGAGUUGAAGAAAAAUAAAAAGGUGGGAGAGCGAGAUAAUAAAGUGCCUGGUGGAAAGGAGUCGACCCUGAUGGAUGUUCCUCUGAUGUCUAAAGAGAUGCUGGUGGAUGAAAAAGAGCAACCUCAACUAAAUGAAGUGCAUCAAAGCAAAGAGGCUGAUCCUUCACCUAAGAAAACAGAAGAAGCCAAGCGAUUACAAGCAGAGAGUCCUAAACCUGUGGACAAGCCAAAGGGAGAUACAUCUGUAGAGGAUGAGCUGCAGUCUCAGUUCAGUGCGUAUGAGAAGAUCCAGGAGCAGGUGGAGCACAUCCUGCAGCACUGGGACCGAGCCCAGAGCUUGUUGCUGCUCCCGCUCCCCACUGAAGAAGCCCCACUGUCGUCAGAGGACAUCGCAGCAGAGAAACAUGAGAUGGUGUGGGACCCAAAGGCAGUGGGCGACCUUAGGCCGGUGGUUAUCCACCAUGAACCCAUAGCUCAGACCCCUGUUGGCAGGAAGAACAAGAAGGCCCACAGCAAGAUUAUGUCUCCGAUACCAAGUCAAAUAGCUGCACCAGCUGAAGCAGACAAGGUGUACCCAGAGGAAAUCAUCCCUCACAUCGUGCUGAAUGUUACGGGGAAAGACUCUCCGAGUGCCACUGAGCUGCUCAAAGGCAGCACCGUGCCUCAGCUGGUCCAGGUUUUGGAUGAUCUGGGGUUGGGACCCAGCGGCCCACCCAUCCCUCCCCCCGCCACUUUCUCUGUGGUUCCUUUUCCCAAAAGCAGAGAGCAAUCUAUGAGUAAAGUCACCUGCAGCCGUUUCACCUUCCUGGUUCCCUCAGGGCAGGAGGAACAGGAUGAGGAGAAGAAAGACUCAGAGGAAGAUUUACAAGCAUCAGUUCUAAAGGAAGAGUCAACAUAUUCCAAAGGUCGCAGCAAAGGCAGCACUAAGGAGAGUGCAGUAACAAAGGACAAAAAGAGUCAAAAGAUCAAGAGACAAACUUCAGCCAAGACAAAAACAAAGGUCCCGGUCAAUUCUCGCACAUCUGCACACGGCUCACUGGACUGCACCGAACAAGACCUACACCAAGGAAACUUAGAGCUGAAACGCAGCCAGAGCCUGACGAAUUUUCGCUGGGUUGUACCAGCCAACAGUGAGGUGGUUCUGAAGAUUUGGUUUUACUCAGAAUCCCCAGAGACGUUUAAACAGACCUUCAACUUUGAGCUGCUGGGGACCCAGAGACUCUACCAGCUCCUCUGCACGGGGAUUUGUACCUAUCCCUCCAUCUGCAAAGACCACACGACUCUUUUUGCUUUCAGUAAGAAGGUAUCACAAAUGGAAAAGGGGCUCGAAAAGACUUACGCAAUCAAACCUGGGUACUUUGAGUUUGGACCGUUACUCUGUGGAAAGACCAGAGACAGAUACAAGGAAAGUAGGUACCCUGAGAACACAGAGAGACUAGUGAUUCAAAACACUUCAGGCCUGGAGGCUGAGGUCCAGUUCAAUUUCCAGCACGACACCCAGGCUGCCACAUAUCUGCUGCACCCCCCGAAAAUGACUCUGAAACCUGACCAGAAACAGGAAUUGACAGUGUGGGCCUACCCAACAAACAUUGGACAAAUGAAGGACAGUAUAAUUUGCCAAAUCAAAGACAAUCCAGAGCCUGUCAUCAUCAACAUCUCCUGCUGGGGCGUGCGGCCAGAGCUGGAGCUGGAAAGCAAGCAUUUGCACUGUAACAGGACUAUGCUGCACAGGCGUAACAGCUGUAGUGUGACGCUGCAUAAUAAGACGGCCCUGCCGGUGUCUUGGAAGCUGCAGGGUGUGGACGAGUUGGGAGAUGAGUUCAGUGUGCCACAGGAUCAAGGCGUCAUCUCAGCUAACUCCUCUUUCCUCCUGAGCUUGCACUUCAGGGCCAAAAAGCCACUCCACAUAAAGAAGAUCCUACGUUUGGAGGUAUCAGAUGUGGAGAAGAUUUUAGGCGUUGUACAAACAGAAAACAUACAGGUCACAGCUGAAGCCUACGAUGUCGCUCUGGAAAUCAUACCAGCAGAUGGCUGUCUUGACUUUGGAACCAUCAAAGUUUUUGAAGAGGGCAAACAGUCUCUCAGGUUGAAAAACCAAGGGAAAUAUGAAACAGCCUACAAGUUAACACUUCAGCAGACUGACCCACCCCAGCCAAACCUGGAAUCUAUUUUCACGUUGUCCCCUCCGAGUGGUACUCUAAUGCCCCACGAGAAGCCCACCACAGUGCAGAUCCUCUGCAAAGCCAAUACAGAAAUCUCAAUGAUAGAGCAGCCUAUCCUGCUCUGCCAGUUGAUUGAACCCAACAUUGGGAAUGGAGAAGUCGUCGCCACACUAACCAUCAACAUUUCAGUCAAGUCGGUCUUCUCCAGGUACAAGAUCACACCUGCCUGUGACAUCAACUUUGGUCCUCUGGUCUACGGCUACAAGAAAACUGAGAGCUUCACCAUUGAGAACAACGGAACCUUUGAGACCCGUUACAGUGUAUGCCGCUUGAUCACAGACGCCACCUCACCGGGAAAGCAAGGGGGUCCCGCUAAGAAGAGCCAAUCAGAGAGAGCCACUGGUGCCACUGGUGCCACUGGUGCCACUAGCAAAGUGAGACGUGAAUCCAUUCAGAGAGACUUGAGUAUUACACAGAAUCGCUUCACCAUGGGGUUGUUCUCUGUGUCCCCCUGUAAUGGCAGCUUGCAUCCAGGGUCUCAGCAGGUGGUGACAGUGGAAUGUGUUUCUGAUCAGCUUGGCAGCUGGAACCAGGGUUUGCUUAUUGACAUCAGUGACCGUGACCCCUUAGACCACCCUGAUGGCAUUCCUUACAAACUGCUGGCUGAGGUCUGCAAGCCAGGUAUAUCGUUGGACAUGGCUUCCAUCUUUGAGGAGCACCAUCUGUGUAACAACAGCAGUCAGCUCUCCUCAAAGCAGUUCUGCAAUGCUGAAGGAAUUUACGUCCAGGACGAGAACAAGUUUGUUUUCAACAAAGUCCUGGUCGGGCGCACUGCCAAGGCCCGCUUCAAACUCACCAACAACAGCAAGGUGCCCUGUGCGCUCAGCUUGGCCAUCAAAUAUGUUGGCGCUAAGCCGUCUCGUGGAGCAGAUGUUUUUGAUUUGUCUGCUACGACACUGAGCAUUCCUGAACAGUCUCACGUGUUCGCCGUGGUCACCUUCACACCUCAGGCCAUGCAGCUCUACAGUGCUGUGUUCGAGGCCACGAUGGACGUAACCAGCAGAAUGACACCUACAGUCAAGAGCAAGGUGCUGGAGUUUGACCUAAUGGGAGAGGGCAAUAUGCCCAGUGUGUGUGUGGUGCGUCCGGCUCUAAGGACUAGCAGAGGGAGCCCGAGGCUGCAGUUCACACGAGUAUCAGCAGGGCGGCGACAUACCCGGCCCCUGGUGCUGCUCAAUGACGGAAAUGUUCCAGCACAGGUACAGAUUGACAUGCUGGAUAAACAUGGAGUGUUCACCCUCAAAGCUGCUCCUGGCAACACUUGCAGCUCCAUCUACUCCUCACAGAUUGAAGGCACUACCAAGUCAGAGCAUCAGCUGGUGCACAGAACCACCCUGAGGCUUAAUGUUAGAGAGCAGGCAGAGUUUGAAGUCGGCUUCUGCUCCGACAAGCCCCUAAUCGUCAAGGCCAAGAUGUCACUGCAUGUGGAGGACAACAAGUACAGCAAUACCACAAUACAAAUAACUGGAGAAGCUUACCAGGAAAUCAUCUCUCUUGACAACAUCAGCAGGUUAUCGCAGGAAAUAGAGGAAGAUGAUGAGGGAGGUAUUAUGCAUUUUGGUGACUGCCAUGUAGAUAGUCCCUACCAAGAGAGCUUCACCAUGAGCAACCACAGCAGCCAGGCAGUGAGGUUCGAGUGGCCUCCUGCAGGAUCGCACAUCUGCUUUUCACCACAGGUUGGACACCUGCAUGCUGGUUGUUCUAAGGAAGUGGUGGUCACCUUUUGCUCCAAUCAGCCAGUGACUCUGACCAGCCAGCCAAUGAGAUGCAAGGUUAGUCAGGUGGAGUUCCAGCAGCCGCUAGAGCAGGUGGCUGACUGGGACGACCGACAGAGGACGGUGCAGUGGCUAAGUUCUUCCAGGCCGGCUUCAGCAUCUCCCCAGCAGACUGGGAAGAAUAAGGUGAAAAAGACAGAUCCUGAGCCCUGCUGCUCUGUAGUGGAGGGGUCCCAGUUGGAGUUGGAAUUACGUAUCAGCGCAGUUUGUGACUAUGUGAAGUUCAGCUGCAACGCCGACACCAUCGACUUCAAAGACACCAAGCUGUACCAAACCAGGCUCCACCAACUACAGAUAGUGAAUCACGGCACUGUGAAAUUGGAAUUCUCCUGGCAAGUCAUCAUGGAUCAGAAUAACAACAUUUUAAACCAUGAACAAAGAGAUGGGACCCAGAGCCCCCGACCAGGCAGCAGGUCAGCCAUGUUAAGUGAAGCCCGUCCCUCCAGCGCUCUGGCCAGCGUCAUGUCUCUCCUGACGGGGAAUCCUGAGCUUCCUCCCGUCAGCGUCGAGCCCGGCAUCGGGGCCAUAGAGCCCGGGGAGAUGCAGAGUUUCAGCAUCCGCUUCUCACCUCUGGAGGUGGCCCAGUUUCAGGGCAGGAUUAUCUGCAGUAUCCCAAACCUACCGGAUGUAGAUGAGGCUCCCUGUAUCCCAGUGUAUGCCCGCAGCCUGUUGCCUCACUGCCACUUUGACCUGGAGGACUCAGACUAUAUCAGCGAGAAACGACAGAACCCUGAAUUCAGGGGACCUCUGGACCCCAACAUCAGGGUCAUCGAGUUCAACUCUGUUGGUUUCUCUGUGCCAUCGAAGAGAUGUUUUGGUGUGAUGAACCCAACCAGUAAGCCCUACUCAUUCAAGUGGCGGUGUGAAGACAAAGGUGGCAGUCCGUUCUGCUGCCUCACCCCGAGUGGUACCGUCUUGCCUGGGAAGAAAGUGGAAGUGUGUUUUCAAUAUGUAGCUGAGCAGAUGGAGGCGGUGGAGUCAUUCUGGAGUUUUGUGAUUGAGACUCUGUCCCUGUGUGUCCCCUUCCUGUGUGUGGGCACCACUAAAGAACCACUCGUCUAUCUCCACAGACCUCACCUCGACUUUGGAGAACUGCUUGUUGGUCACAAUGUGGAACUGACAGUGGGUCUGGUGAACGGAGAGGAUGAGCUCUUCCACUUCUCUGCCCUGCAGUCGUCUCUCCUCUGUGAGGAUCAGCAGUCCAGACUCAGUGUGCAGCCCAUGAGGGGCACCGUGCCACCCAAACACAGGUUGCCACUGUCAGUGUCCUUCACGCCAUGCCGGGAGGGCCACGUGAGCUUCAGAUUGGCUCUGAAGGUGAAGAGGAAGUCAGAGCCGCUCACACUCACAGUGAAGGCGGAUUGUUUCAUCAUGAGCACUUCUGUUCAAGUGGUGCAGCCCGAAGGAGGACUCAGAGAGAUCAUCCCUAACCAAGAAGACACUCUGGACUUUGGAAAGGUGGGGAUUUCAGAGCAGUCCACCUUUAACUUCCUGGUAUCCAAUCUGGCAAGAUUGAACCUGGACGUGAGCUUUGACCUUACAGGUCCCAGUGAGCUGUUGCAACAUUUGCAAGUAAAGCCUCAACAUGAUGCUAUAGAGGUUGGGAAGCAGCUGCAGUCUUCACUAUUCUUUUGUCCGCGCAGCAUUUGUAACCUCAGAGACGUCAGACUGAGUAUCAGGGUAAAGCAUGGGCCAACGUUUACAUUUUGCAUCGAAGGCCGGUCUGUAGCACCGAGCCUUGAAUUCUCCUUCACUAAGAUCGACUUUGGCAAGUGCUUCCUGUACAGUGAGGGCCUGGUGCCGGCCUCACAAACGCUAGUGAUCAGCAACAAAGGGGGAAAGGACAUUAGUGUCCAGUGUGUGUUCAGAAACACCUCUUACCUAGAGACGGACUUCCAAACAGCUGUUUUGUCCCCUGGUGCUGUGAUAGAGGCACCAAUCAACUUCUAUCCUCGUGAGGCGUGCCGUUACCAAGAAACAAUCACCUUCAUCUUAAACAGCUGCAUCGCCAAACACGUGGACGUACUGGCGCAAGGCGUGGAGAGGAAGCUGGAGGUGGAGCCCCCCAGGCAGAGGAAAGUGAAGCUGGGGUCUCUGAUGUUGGGUCAGAAAGUGAAGAAACAAGUAGUGCUGGUCAACCGGAGCCUGUUAGACAUUUCCUUCACUCUGAUGCUUAACACAAACACACCACUGGACCUAAGGGACCUGUCCUUCAGUCCAGCAGGAGAGCAGAGCCUGAAGGCCAGCGUUGGUUCAUGUAACGUUGAGAUCCAGUUCUCUCCUCGUCAGCACAUACCUCCCUUCUCUGCUGAGCUGCAGGCGGAGGUAGCAGGCCUGCUGCUCCCCCUGCUGACCAUCCAAGGCUGCUGCCAGGUAGUGGAGGUCCAGUUGGACCAGGACCACCUGGCCUUCGGAGCUGUUGUGCAGCGCUGCCAGGCCAAGAAGAGGAUUCACAUGAUGAACACUGGGGACAUUGGUGCCAAGUUCCAGUGGAAAACAGAGACUUUUCCUCCAGAGUUGUCCAUCUCACCAGCUAAAGGCUACAUCUGUCCAGGCAUGGAGGUUCCUUUCUCAGUGACCUUUGCCCCAGUGGAAGUGAAUAAUGAUAUAAGACAUGAGAACCUGUGCUGCUGGGUGGAGGGGUCCUCCUCACCCGUCAGAUUCACUGUAGCCGGCUCCUGCAUCGUAGCCUCCACCAGCAAAGAGGUGCUCCACUUUGUCUGCCUAGUGCGCGGCUCUCACACCCACACCCUGCCCGUGGCCAACCCCACAAACCAGCAGUGCAGCGUCAGACCUGUCAUAGAGGGCCAACAGUGGAGUGCUGCCCCCAUGCUGAUCCUUAGACCCCACCAAAGCAAGACCUACCAGAUCACCUACCGACCUCUGUCUAUGACUGCUGAUGGGAAGAAGCACCAGGGAUCUGUCUUCUUCUCCUUCCCUGAUGGGACGGGUCUGCUGUACUCCCUGCAAGGAACUGCUGAACCUCCCAAGGCAGAGGACUCCAUUGUACACGAGCUGCCAGCCAAGACUCACCACACAGAGGUGCUCCCUGUGCACAACUGGCUCUCCAAGCAACAGAGGUUCCGUGUGCUGAUAGAGACCCUGAAACCUGACAAGCCAGAUGCUACAGUGUCCCUCAAGGGUCAAAAAGACAUUGUCGUCCCUGCUCUGGCCACUCGGGACUACUCGUUGUCUUUCUUUACAUACAAAGAGGGGCAGUACAACACCAAGGUGACGUUUCAUGAUGAGGUGUCCGGUGAGUACUUGUUCUAUCUCGUGACCUUUAAGGCCACACCUCCAGGAGUCCUGUCCACCAUGGAGCUGGUGACCACUGUGCGUCAGACGGCCUCAGCCACUGUGCAGGUGGAGAAUCCUCUGACCACAGUCACCUGCCUCACUACGGAGUGUAAAUGCCCUGACAUCAGUGCCCCGGCUCAGCACACUGUGCCAGGACAGUCCAAGGGCUCUGUGAGCUUUGAGUAUCUGCCCCUGCGUGUAGGCGAGUCUACAGCGCGCCUCACUCUCCACAGCAGCGAUCUGGGCUCCUUCCACUACGACCUGCUGCUCAGAGCUCUGCCUCCACCUCCAGAGAAGACCGUCCACUUCAGCACCUGUCUAGGCAGUAGCCAGGCCGUUCUUGUGAAGUUCAUUAACUACUCACGCUUCAAACCCGAGUACUCAUGCAAGGCCGAUUGCCCGGACUUCACAGUGGACAAGGUGAGACCCCAGGUGGGGUCCGAGUCAGGCAUGGAGGUUUGUUUUGAACCUCAUCAGCUGGGGCAAGUGACCGGCCAGCUCACCCUGUCCUCAGGAAUCGGGGGAGAAUACAUCUUUCCGCUGCACGGGAUCAGUCUCCCUCCCAAAGCCCAGGGUCCCUUCAGCAUCAGGGCCGGUCGCAGCGUUACCAUCCCCUUCAAGAAUGUGUUCCUGCACACCAGCGAUUUCUCUUUUCAGGUGGACAACCCCUGUUUUACUGUCAAAGACAUAGACACCGUCCCCUCCAAAAAGACCCAAAACAUCGUGGUGUCUUUUGAGUCCCCUGCAGCAGGCUUUCCGGGACCGUGGUUUGGCAAUCUGACCGUCUCCAGCCAGCGCUCUGAGGCCCACAGGAAACCUUGUUCUUGGAUCUUUUACCUGAAGGGCUACCGGCCUGAGUCCUCUUAGAGAGAUAUGUACACACACACUUACUGUACGCAUAUGCAUUUGGCUGUGCAGACACACACUGAUGCCAAAGGAAAGGCACAGGAAACAUUUUAGGCAUUAGCUGUUACUUGGUUUUCAUGAUGCUUCAGUUAAAUGUGUUUACAAGUUAUUUAUACGUUGCCCUAACAUUAAUGUCAAUGUUAAAAAAAAAUGGCUGUGUAUGUUAAUGUCAUUAUUAUAUUUGCUCAUUAUCUAAAUACAACUUGCAGUAACAAAAAACGUCCACACGAGGGCAGUCAUGUCAAGUAGGUUUUCACAUAUGAGCGCUUCAGUGAUUGGGGAAGAUAUGUAAAAAAAAUGUGUUCCUUUUUGUCAUCUUUACAUCCUGCAUGUUAAAGUGUCAAUCUUUCACCUUCAGUUAUAUUCUCCAUAGCACUCUGUUUGCUGUUAAGACACACAGUGCAUUGCAGGCAAGACCAUGCUACUCAUCUGAAAGGGCAGAGCUAGAGGAGACGCUCAUUACCAAAGGUUAGAUUUGUCACAUCACACACAUUUAAACCUCUAACGAGGAGCUUUACUGACAGUUCAAGAGACACACCUCUUACACCAAAAGGAAAGUCCUCUGAUCCUCCCAUCAGGACAAAGUGAGCCACACUUCCUGCUGUGACUGUUAAACGGAAGAGGGGAAAUACAGCAUUUGCUUUGUUCAUAUUUGGGGGAAAAAGCACAACGUUUUUUGCAUAUCCUUCUGCCUUCUUUUGGAGACUCGAUUCCAGAUGUUGAUGUUACUAUUCAUGACACACAAUUUUGAAAUUGGAAAAUCCACUAUCAAAUCGUAUUUUCUUUCAUUUUUAAAAGGACAAAGAGUUUAAUCACUCAUAGGCUAACAAUGUAUCCUAUAGGAACAUGCAGGUUUGGGAAGUAACACAAUACAUUGAAUCUGAUUGCUUAUCUGAUACAAAAGAAACGUAACUGUAUUCCCUUUUAUGCUUUGUAGGCUUUUCACUUUGUUAAUGGGUGUUGUGCAUGUAAAUGGUCUGCAAGGCUAAAAUCCCAGUUCUCUCCAGAGGGAAUAACAUUCGUGUUUCUAUUGGCUAGAGCUCCAACCCAUUGUACGUGAUAAGCUAAGGAGCAGGACAUCACUAAGCGGUUGACCAAUCACAACAGAGCCGGCCAGCUAACCAAUCAGAGCAGACUGGGCUCUGGUUUCAGACAGAGGGUGAAAAGAGGUGCUGCAGCACAGGCAGUAUGAAAAAAAUAAAGAGCUUUUUGAACAUUAAAGCAUGGAGACAUGUCACAGUAGAAGCACAACAAACUAAUGAACCUGAAAAUGAGCAUUAUAGCACAUGAUUUGUUAAAAAAUAGUUUAUUUUAUUUCAAUUAUUUAACUACGACAGCAUGUGUAUGAUAUCCUAUAAUAUAAUCUGGAACUCAGGUCAUGCCUGUAUUUUACUGUGGUUUUGAAAGGAAGCCUACUGUUUCAAAUGUUAAAAAGAGCAUAUUGUGUUAAAAUGAGGACACAGGGAACACAUUUUUGAUACAAAAUACCUUGGUUUCUUUUUUUACAAGGUUGGAUUAUUGUAUUGUCCUAGGAAAUACACCCUUAAGUAAAAUACAUCUUUAAUAAAUAUUUUCUUUGUA